AAGAGAUUGUUUGUCUGAAGUUAUGUUAAAAACUUUCUUAUUUCCACAUCUGCAGGAUCAAAUGCUCACUGGUCCUCCUGAGUGAGAUCCAACAACCUGAGUUUUGACCAGCUGGCUGGAAUCCUUUAUGUUGUUUUAUCUUUUUACAAAUCGACCGAUGAUGAAAAAACAGGUGAUGCUUCCAGAGCGCCAGAGAGUGCGUCGGCUCCAUCAGGAUGAUGCUCUGCAAAGACAAACUGGGAUAAAUGAUUCGAGAGCGGGUGGCAGCUUGAACUUCCACAAUGGUCUGAAAUCAGCCAAACUACCAGCUGUAAGAAGCGACCCACAACUCCAAAGUCUGAGAACAAUACAUAUCCCCAAAACUGUGACUACUGCCACCUCUUUAAAACACACAGAGCUCACGCCUGCUCAGAGGGAGUAUCUGUGCACCAUCGCAGCCACAUACAGCACUGCACACGUGCGUGACCUCAUCAGCCAGCACUAUAUGAACGUGCUGCACGGGUGCAUACGAACAGACUACAUCCCAGAAAAAAGCCACUUUGCAGUCACUCCUACGACCUCACCAGAAAAUGGUAAAUGUGAUGAACACCAGUCAAGCCUCACUUCCAGGAGAAAACAGAAAUGGAAGACAGCCACCAACCAGAGGAAGACUGAGAAAUCUUUUCUCCCAAAAAUCCCAAACAGGCAAAACAGACUUUCCACAUCAGCAAAACAUGAAAUGAAGAGGAAACUUGCACCAUCAUCAGCCACAGUGAAAGGAAAAAUACACAGAAGUAAGAGCUACAAUCCAGGUGGUGUUAGAGAAGGAUGAGGACAAAGAAGAGAAUUCUCUGAGUAAACAAAUGAGGUCACUUUCUUUGGGAGGAUCUCAUGAGGACGUCCUCUCAGAUUGAUGAGACUUCUGUUAUCUCA